AUGUCGGAUAACCAAAGUCAACAAAUACCAGGAUUAAAGCAGAAGAAAGUGUUUAAAAUUAUAGUUUUGGGUGACUCGGGUGUGGGCAAAACAUGUUUAACUUAUCGCUUUUGCGAAGGUCAAUUUUUAGAAAAAUCAGAGGCUACCAUCGGGGUUGACUUUAGAGAGAGAAAUAUAAAAAUAGGACACGAAGAUAUUAAGCUUCAACUAUGGGACACAGCUGGUCAAGAACGAUUCCGCAAGUCCAUGGUACAGCACUAUUACAGAAAUGUUCAUGCUGUUGUUAUUGUUUAUGAUGUGACCAAACCUGAAACUUUCCAUUCAAUAGCAAGUUGGAUGCAAGAGGUUGAAUCACACGGUCUGAUGAGAGCACCGCGGGUUCUGGUGGGGAAUAAAUGUGACUGCGGUACACCGGAGUCACGGCUCGCUACUACCUAUGCACAGCGUCUAGCCGAUAAGUAUGGAAUGCCUUUGUUUGAAACGUCGGCACUGUUGGACACGGAAUGCAACAACGUCGAGUCUAUAUUUAUGACGCUGGCACACAAACUCUAUUCCAAACAACCUCUCAGAGUUGUUAGUGUUGAGGGUGAGCACCGGCCGGGCGUGGUAACUUUACCGCGACAAAAACGUCCCGCGGCUACAAACUCCAGCGACAGUUGUCUCUGCAACUAG